GACCCGCGGGCGCCCCGGAGACCUGGUGGAGGUGAUGGUGGCCGGGAGGCGGCGCUGAGGAGGAGGACGACCGGCACAGGAACCGUCUGCAGACUCGGCGGGCGCAGCGGCGGGGGGACCCUCUGCUCGGCCCCCAGGCACGAGGGGGAGGGACAACGAGCUACAGCGAGCGAGCGCGCGCCAUGGCGGAGCUCAGCAGCAGACGGCGGCGCUGCAGAAGCAGGCCGUACUUGAUCGCCGCGGCGGCCCUGCUGUUGGCGGGGAGCGUUUCGUCGAUGCCCGCCAGGAAUGAAGACUACGACUACGACAGCGGCGGCGGGCGGGACAUGGCGCUGGAGGGCGUGUUCGGCGACGUCUCGACCCAGCGGCGGGCGACGGUGGGCGACAGCAUCCGCCUCAAGUGCAAGCCCAAGGUCGACUACAAGCUGCCUCGCGUCGUGGACUUCACCUGGUUCUACAACGACCAGGUUCUCGAGGCCGGAAGCAACCCCAGGAUCAAAGUGUCGGAUAACAAGGAGAAGGCCCGGCUGCGCGUGAACGACGUCCGCCACGAAGACGAGGGGCGGUACGCGUGCCGCUGGAACGGGAGUCAGUGCCAGGGCUGGGUCAACUACACUCUCCUCGUCUCGGAAGAUAUACCCAUCUCCACUAUGCCUCAGGCUCUACACGCAGACAGCAAAGUGUUAGUGCCGGACGCUGAGGACAUUGAAAGCCUGAAGCCAAAGUUCACCAAGACGCUGAAGCCGCUGAUGAUCAAGCCAGCCGGCAACGUGGCAGAGCUGAAGUGCCAGGCCAACGGGUUCAAUCUGAACAUCACUUGGUUGAAGAACGGCGCGAAGCCAACGCGGCAGUACGGAGACGUGCGCAUCAAGGCCUCCACGCUGAAGAUGGAGGACCUGGUGCCAACAGACUCCGGCAAGUACACGUGCAUCGUCUCCAAUGAGCACGGCUCGAUCAACCACACGUACACGCUGGAAGUUAUUGAACACAUCGGUGCUCGACCAAUCUUCACCAAGAAACUGAAAAAUAUGACCGUCAUACGCGGCAGCACAGUGAAGCUGGAAGUGGGCAUUUACACAGAAAACACUCUCAGUUCGUUUAUUGUCUGGCGGACGGACUUGCCGCAGUUAGAUCCGGAUGCGGACUUUGAUUCCCCUGAAAUCAUUAUAAACGAGACAAUACUCGCAGCAGCCGUAAACGGCCAGGAGGGCGGCAACAUCACAAGCACGGAAGAUCCUCAGGUGGUUCUGCUCACCAACGUCACCGAGAAAGAUGCCGGAUGGUACACCUGCAUAGCUGCUAAUAGCCUGGGCUACUCGUCGUCCACCGCCUACCUGAAUGUGAUCGAUGCGGAGCCCAUCCUUGCAGAUGCGCAGUCGCACGUGGUGCCCAUUCUGGCCGCGGUGUUCGUCGUGGCCCUCGCCGGCGUGGGCCUCAUCCUCUCGUGCUUCUGCAAGAAGUGGAAGAAGGAGAAGCGGCGGGCCAAGGAGCUGGAGAGGGCCAAGGAGGUCAUCACCCAGCAGUGGAUCAAGAAGGUCAUCGUCGAGCGCCAGAAUUCGGACGCCUCGCAGGAGCCUCUCAUCGUGCCCACCAUCAAGAUCGAGCGGUGCCAGUCCAACUCGCACAAUGGCUCCGAAAACACGAGGAUAUCCGAGUACGAGUUGCCCUUGGACAUCCUGUGGGAGUUGCCGCGCUCGAAGCUGAUCAUGGGCGAGUCCCUCGGCGAAGGCGCCUUCGGGAAGGUCGUGAAGGCGGAGGUGCAAGGCAUCAACCGGCCCGAUCUCACCACCACCGUCGCUGUGAAGAUGCUGAAGGAGGGACACACGGACGCGGAGCUCAUGGAUCUCGUCUCGGAGAUGGAGAUGAUGAAAAUGAUCGGCACACACAUCAACAUCAUCAAUUUGCUGGGAUGCUGCACCCAAGAUGGCCCGCUGUACGUGGUCGUGGAAUACGCGGCGCAUGGAAACUUGAGGGAUUAUCUGCGUAAUAAGCGCCCAUCCUCAGGCUAUGAAAGGGCCAUUGGUCAGGAGACGAACGCGCUCACGGAGAGAGAUCUGGUCAGCUUCUCUUACCAAGUGGCUCGCGGAAUGGAGUACCUCGCCUCUAAAAAGUGCAUUCACCGUGAUCUUGCCGCACGAAAUGUUCUAGUCAGUAAGGACGGGAUCAUGAAAAUAGCCGAUUUUGGUCUUGCUCGAGAUAUUCACAGCCAAGACUAUUAUCGAAAGACGAGCGAAGGCCGCCUGCCAGUCAAGUGGAUGGCACCCGAGGCUCUCUUCCACAGAGUGUACACUUCGCAGUCAGAUGUGUGGGCAUUCGGAAUUCUUUUGUGGGAGAUUAUGACUCUGGGUGGAACUCCAUACCCAUCAGUGCCCUCAGUCGAGAAGCUUUUCCAGUUGCUCCGAGAAGGUCACAGAAUGGAGAAGCCCUCUAAUUGUUCGCUUGAAAUCUACUCGAUCAUGCGUGAGUGCUGGCGGUACCAGCCAACGCAGCGUCCGACUUUCAAAGAGCUCGUGGAAGACUUAGAUCGUAUCCUCACGUUAUCGUCGACGGAGGAUUACAUAGACUUCUCGACACCUCAGCUGGACACACCUCCGAACAGCUGUGACUCGUCGCACACCUCAGACGUCCUUACUCCUCGCUGAAGCGCCUCUGACUUGGCAGCUUGUGUCACCGGUUACUCACUGUUCCGAGGGAGGACACUGGACUAGAUGUUGCAGGGAAGCUUUGCAAUUGCACUAGUGAAGAAAAGGGCCUAACAGUAGUACCGGAUAAAAAAAAAUUCAAUACUGCUAAGCAUAGGCCAGGUGGAGACCACAAGAAAGUAACUUUAUUUUCUAGAAUUCCUCUGCUAGUCUUCGGGCCGCUCUGUAGUAGACAGUGACACUUCAUUUACGUCAUUUCAGCGAUGAGUGUAGUGAGAUAAAAAAAAAAAAGUGAAUGGAACUAACGCCAGUGCUUUGUGAAUGUGAAGUGAACAUAGUAUUUUCAUAUGGCCAUAGACUAGCAAGAAGCAAUAAAGACGUGUCAUAUGUUAAGCCAUGGGUCACAAAUGGUAUUACUGCGGAGACAAGCAGUAAAGAAAAUGUGUUGAGUUUAAGCGAAGUGAAAAAAAAGUGGGAAGACCUCAGCCUGUCGUAUCUACAGAGUUGACCUGAAGUGAUGGGGUGCUAUUUAUCCAAGUCAUAUAUAUAUAGUAUAUAUUGUAGCUAUAUGUAAUGUAAUCCAAAAAAAGCAAAAGCCCUAAACGUGUUAUGUACUUGCGAAUUACAUCAAGGAUUUUUUGUUUUUGUUUUUAAUGCAGGGAUAGCAAGUUUGAGUAGUGAAUUUGAAGGAUUUUAUUUUUAUUAAUAUUUAUGAUCCAUAAUAUUAAUGUAUGGAGUUAUAUAUAUAUACACAAUUAAUUUUUAAACUUUCUGUUGUCUGUUAAUUAAGUUCAGUACGCAGGUUACUCUAGUACUGGUAGUUAAAUGUACUAUUGUUUUAAAUAGUAAAAGUGCCAUAUCCACUGCAGAUUUUAAAAUUUUAUGGAAAUGUUUGCAACCAUGUUAAUUUGCAGUAUGUCGUAAAUCUAGCUACCGUUUUGGAAAAGGACUAGGAAGUGUGUGCCACGGAGAUAGUCUUUUAGCACUUAGUUUGGUGGUUUACUCACUUGGAGAGAUGUCAGUGCAUUCUCAGGGGAUGAUCAGGCUUCAGAGCGAUAGAAAGAAGUGGCCGAGCGGUGUUCGACGUGGCUUGAGGUUCAUGCAAGCUUUGCAAUUGCACUAGUGAAGAAAGAUCUCGUGUCUCAGAGGUGGAGGGUGGGGGGACGUCACUGAGGGAGGGGAGGCAGACCUGAGAAUGGGCCUAUACAAUUUUUGUUUUUAAAGGUUUAGUAAAGAAGUGAAUUCACUUUUUUGAUGGGGUACCUGAGGGCUCAGCGUUAUGUGUUGUUUUUUCCGACUUGCAAUGUAUAUCGACUUCUGUAGAUGGUUUUGCCGAAGGAAGAGAAAACAGGAGAUAUUGAAGAUGAUUCAGUCAUAAUGUUUCUCAUGGAAAUAUGGUCCUGUACGUAAACUAAUAUGAAGUGAAUCCACCUUAUGCGAUUUAUUUAAACUAUUGCAUUUGCUAAACACUAAAUUCCGGGGUCUCGGAAAUAAUCUGGAAGUUUAUCAUAGCUUAAUUAAAGCUAUAUAAAUGUGUGUGUGUCCAUUCAUUGGUCACGAACUUUAAAAGAGAUGUAUAGAGAGCGGAAUGAAAAUAAGAAAAUAUCGCCUUUACUCUUAUGAGUCGAUUCAACAAGACGAAAGGGAGGUGGAGCCUGCGACAGUCUUAGUAUUAUUUCUGCUACGACUGACGAACACACUGAUUAGACAUGGGUUUCAUAGCUGUUAUGAACAAAUCUUAUUUUCUUACGUCUUACGGUGAACUGAGCUUCAGUGAAUGUACAAACGAGGAGGCUUCUCCUAAGUAUGCUUUGCAGGAUUGCUUGAGCUCUCUCUUGUAUUACAAAAUUGGAUGAAAAGUCAAAUGUAAAUAUUUGAAAUGCAGUCUAAAUCGGUAAAAAAAAGAAAAUCCUGGAAUGGUGCUAUUAGUAUUUAGUUUCACUGGAUGACAAAAAAAUAUUUUACCGGAAAAAUAUAAAUUUGAGUUCAUGGGCAAAAAAAAAAGGGAAAACUGGUGUUUCGUUGGGCAAUGAUUACUUAAUGGAGAAUUCCCAUAUUUCAUUGUUACUUUGGUUAUCUGAAGCCUAAUACUGCAUUUUUUCGUCUUUUCUUCGCGGAGAAAAACCAACACUGAUUUGUAAAUUCAAACAAAACUUUAAUUUGUUGGGGUGGAAAGAAAAACACAAUGUGUAAAAGUUAUUAGUGUAAAUAGAUAAUGUAUUAUAGUAUCGAGAGUUAUAUCUGAAAUAUUUAGUUACUACUAUUAUUUUUCUGCAGAAGUGAACUGUACCUUAUUAUUCUAGUUAUUUUUGCAAGUUAUAUGUAAAAAGAAAAAUCAAACAUAGCCAGGAAAUACACAUCAAUUUAAAGUCAAUAUGAGGUGCUAAAAGUCUUCAUAUAGUUAUCCCUUCAGUAGUACCAAAUAAUCAUAAUUAAAGCCAUUGGCACGUAAGUCAUAUCUUCUAAUUUUAUUGUUAUCAUUUCCUCAGUCUUUUUGUAUUUUUAUGUACAUAUUUUCCCACUUAUUUCUUUUUUAUCAUACCAAUUUAAGGACUGAUGUCCAUGCUCCAGCUCCCAUAGGUUCUCAUAUACUAGUCACCCACUGUUCCUCUGUCCUGCACACAGAGCAUUGCCCGAUGGUACUCGCGUUUUCGAAAGAAAUAGGCGGUAUCCUGUAGACGAAAAUUUCUUUUCAACCUUGGAAAAAAAUGUAAACACGCAUCGAAUUGUUUUCUUUUUGGAAUUGUGAAUAUUUAGUAAAGGAUAACCAGCCAAAACCAGAGGAAAAGUAAGUAAGCAUUGCAGGUAUUGUGUUUCUGUGUGCAGCACAGUGCUUCAUGUGCCAAGUGUUGAGUGAUGCCAAAGGCUUACAUUUAUAUGUUUGUGUCAGUAUUGAAAAAUGUCUUUCUAGAUAGCCACUUUACUGACUUCUGAUACUAACACUCAAAAUCACAUGUACACUUCUUUAUGUAAAAAGAUAUAUUUCUGUCUUCUGUAGACAUAUGCGAGAUAUAAUUUAUGCAUCAUAUUUGAUGAUACAGCUGAAUUAGUCAUUAACUUAAUAAUAAUUAUUAUUAUUACCUGUAAAUCUGCAAAAAAGAGUAAAUAACGAUAAUUUUCAAAUCAAAACCAAUUACACUCUCUGUUGUCAGGAUCGAACAGAGACGGAAGGCCUAUUUUGUGUUUUCGUAUUACAAAGAUAGAUGGAGAAUUAAUGUUUUAUUUAUUACAGGGAUAGGUUAGCCAUUGUCCUCCAGCAAAUGAAUUGCACAGGUUUUUUUCAUGGAUUACUUGUAGGUGUACUUUAGCUGCUUGUCCCCCAUGUGUAGAUAUUUUGAACAAGAGAAGGUGGCUUUAGUUUUAUAACAAACUGUACAUGUACACACGUGUAAUUCUUACAUGGAAUAAAUUUUUUGUUGUCA